GCCCAUCAAGUGCGCAUGCGGAGAACAUUCUUGCCCUUCAGCGUCGCUGUGUGUAGAAUGAGAGCGCGCUGCCGCGACCACAUGUUGUCGGAACGAUAAGUUCAGAUAAAGUGCAGAUAAACCAGGGACACAGCGACGUUUCAUGGAACACUCUGACCUGGAUCUUUCAGACGAGCCCAUGACGGGGAUGGUUAAUGCAGACACCCCUGACAAUGGGGACUCUAAUGCUGUGGAAGGUGCAGGGGAUAGUUUCAUUUCAAACCUUCCCAACUUAACCCAGGAUGCUCAGUGGACAAUGGACCAAGUUCCUGGCACACUUGCUGCUCUUGCAAGCCAGCAGGUUGCAGGACAAGAGGGGGAGAAGUUCUCAGUGGAUGAGCCUUUAAAAUCAGUCGAGCAAAAAUCUGAUGUUCCUGAACAAAAUGCCUCUGAACAACCUGAAAAUUCUGCUUGUGUUGCUGAAACAAAUGGACAAACUGCAGAGCUGAGCUCUGUAAUGCAGACCGAGUUGGACAGUUCCGAAAGUCCUGCGAACAUGGAACUUGAGGAUGCAUCCAAAGAAGAAAGUGAGGAAGCUGUGGGUGAUGUGGCGGGUGAUGCUGCUGAGGGAAAAGAGGCAAUGCCUUCUGACUUUGACCGGCUAUACAAAGUAGUCGAGGAUAACCCUGAAGAUUUUAAUGGAUGGGUCUACCUUCUGCAGUAUGUGGAACAAGAAAACCACAUUUUGGCUUCAAGAAGGGCAUUUGAUGCCUUUUUCCUUCACUAUCCAUACUGCUAUGGUUACUGGAAGAAAUACGCAGACAUUGAGAAAAAGCAUGGUUUCAUACAGGAAGCAGAUGAGGUGUACCGAAGAGGUUUACAGGCCAUCCCGCUUAGCGUUGACUUGUGGCUUCACUACAUAGCUUUUCUAAGGGAGAACCAAGACAACAGUGACGGAGAAGCUGAAAGCCGCAUACGAGCUGCGUAUGAGCAUGCAGUCCUAGCUGCGGGUACUGAUUUCCGGUCAGAUCGUCUGUGGGAAGCUUAUAUCAACUGGGAGACUGAACAGGAGAAGCUGGCCAACGUUACAGCUGUCUAUGACCGUAUCCUGGGUAUUCCCACACAGCUGUAUUCUCAGCAUUUCCAGAGGUUUAAAGAUCAUGUGCAGAAUGGUAAUCCCAAGCACUUUCUAUCCGAAGAGGAGUUUGUGCAGCUUAGGUUGGAGCUUGCUGCUGCCAAUAAGUCCACUGUUGAGGGAGAGGAAGAAGCCCCCAGUGAAGAGCUUCCACCAGGCACUGAAGACCUCCCUGACCCUGCAAAGAGAGUCACGGAGAUCGAGAAUAUGCGGCAUAAGGUGAUCGAGGCACGGCAAGAGAUAUUUAACCACAAUGAGCAUGAAGUCAGCAAGCGCUGGGCUUUUGAGGAAGGGAUCAAGCGUCCAUAUUUCCACGUAAAGGCCUUGGAGAAAACUCAGCUCAGCAACUGGAGGGAGUAUCUGGACUUUGAACUGGAGAAUGGGACACCUGAACGUGUAGUGGUUCUGUUUGAGCGCUGCCUGAUCGCCUGUGCCCUUUAUGAGGAAUUCUGGAUAAAGUAUGCCAAGUACUUAGAGAGCUACAGUACAGAGGGAGUGAGACAUGUGUACAAGAAAGCAUGCACCAUCCACCUGCCCAAGAAGGCCAACAUCCAUUUUCUCUGGGCAACCUUUGAGGAACAACAAGGGAACAUUGAGGAAGCACGAGGCAUCCUGAAAAGCCUAGAGGAGUCAGUUGCAGGCCUGGCCAUGGUGAGACUACGUCGGGUGAGUCUGGAGCGUCGACAUGGUAAUUUGGAUGAAGCGGAGACACUCCUGCGGGACGCUAUUCAGAAUGGAAAAAAUGCAACAGAAUCAUCAUUCUACUCUGUGAAACUAGCAAGACAGCUCCUCAAAGUGCAGCGGAGUAUUGGAAAGGCUAGAAAAGUACUGCUAGAAGCCAUAGAAAAAGAUGAGACCAGUCCUAAGCUGUACCUAAACUUGCUGGAGUUGGAGUACAGUGGAGAUGUACAGCAAAAUGAAGCAGAAAUCCUGGCGUGCUUUGAUCGUGCCAUCAACAGUUCAAUGCAACUGGAGUCACGUAUCACUUUCUCACAGCGUAAAGUGGACUUUCUAGAAGAUUUUGGCAGUGACAUAAAUGUGCUUGUGGCUGCGUAUGAACAACACCAGAAACUUCUGAAAGAACAAGACUCAUCAAAAAGAAAAGCAGAGAAUGGGUCUCAAGAACCAGACUCAAAAAGACAGCGUGUGGAUGAUGCCUCUGGAGCAUCGGGUCAGGUGGCUCCAGACAUGCAAGCCAACCAUGGGUACAACUAUAACAACUGGUAUCAGCAGUACAACGCCUGGGGAACCCAAAAUUCCUGGGGCCAGUAUGGCCAGUAUCAGUAUAACCAGUACUAUCCCCCACCCCCCACAUGAUGACAUGAAGUAUAAUUGAACUUUGUCCUUUUUAUCCAUUCUUACUGAUUCUCAUGACAUUCUCAGUCAUUUGACAGUUUACUUUGUGUUUUUUGAGUAUGUGUUGCAAAUGAGUUUUUCUUCUGUGGAAAAUGUGCAGAUAAGUUUAAUUUUAGCCUAAUUUAGCGUGGUCUCUUUUUGGAAACUUGGUAGUUUGACCGUUUUUGUAUGGAAAAUCUCAACUUUAAUUCUUUAACUUUCUCUGCUCUCCUUAAUGUGAUGUCUUCAUGUUUUCAGAGCCCAAAGUAAAAUGAAGUUUUUAGUUUGACCUUUUGAAUUUCAUAAUAAAGAGAUUGGUAUCCUUGA